ACUUGAAAUGAAAGAGAUGAAAACUACUACGAAUGAAAUAAAGCAGGAGGUUCAAAACUUUAAGACACUCUUGAACAAGAAUGUCACAGUUACCAAAGAAUAUAUUGGUACAAUUAAGCAAAUUUGUGACAAAUUCAACUAUAAGAUUCCUUUUCAAAUUGUACAAGAAUUUCAGACAAAUGUAUUACAGACUGGAUUAGACCCAACAUUUGUAUUAUCCCGAUCUAUAGUCAACAUGCUGAAAAUGUAUUUAUCCAGAGAAGUGGCCGCACAGUAUGUAGCUGUAAAGCAAAAGAAGCACGAAUAUGUCAUGAAGCCAACCAAUUUUUUUUCUUUAGCUGAAGCUCUUAUAAUUGAACGAAGAUCAAUAUCUCAUAUUGAAACCUCUGACAAUAGAUAUGAUAACUGUGUAGCUGAUCUUGAUCACUAUCAGCUGUGCGCACGAAGAAAGAAGACACAGAGACACUGAAUUAGAAAAGACAAACUUUAUUGACAGACCAAACGUCCGAACUAUUCGAUCGCUCGCCAACAUCUGCCCAAUUUUCCAUCGCCUGCUCGCUCAAUUGUCAAAAAACAUAAUUGUUGUUUCAUCGCUAGGCAACCUACUUCUUUUCGAACGUUUCUCUUAAGUACAAGUUUUCCUAUGGCCAAUCGUCUGUGAAAGCCUCUGCGCAUUUCACACCGUGCCCUCCUUCAUUUACCGAUUUACUUAUUUGCAUGAUAUCAUGUCAAAAUCGUCGAAGGAGGAAAGCUGCCCCGGACGAUCCUGCACGCGGCCUACGACACAGUAUCGACUAUCACCGGUCGUCGGAAAACUUGUUUCGUUUCUUAUUUCCAAUUUUAUAAAUAAAAGAAUUAUUAACAUUUGAGCGAUUACAAAUUAUUAAAUUGAAACGGUAACAAACUGCUUUGAGUAAUGUUCUUUCUAAUGCCGGAUCCUGGUACACCUCGAAGAAAUCAGAGCCUUCUGAUUCCUCUGAGUCUACGCAGCUACACAAAAAGCAUGUUCGUCCAAGUACAUCCACUUCACAAGAGCAAGAAAUAAUCGAGACUCAAGCUGUCCGAACAGGAGCAGAAUAUGUCGGAACAAGUGAUGGAUCGAUAAGAGUGCUUGCUACCGAGGCAGUUGAACCUUCUCCAAAGUAUCCACGACUUCACUUUGAAACUGAUCCACUCAUCAACGGAUUCUCUUUAUCAGACGAUGCAGAAAUUGAUUUAAUAGCAUCAACGAAUGUACGUUUCGACGCACUUCAAGAUUUCGAGGAUACGCCAUCACCAGAACAUAGUUCAGAAGAAGAAUUCGACGAAGUGUAUUUAGGUCAUUUUAAGAACAAUUAAUUUAAUUUUACGUUUAUUGCUAUGCAUUCAAAUAUUACUAAACUUUUAGAAUCGAAGUUCAAUGUACUACCGUAAAGAUUUUUGAU